GUUUCGAAAGCAGAAGUCUCUGGAUCAAAGCUUGGAAAACGGGAGUCGUAGACAGGGCCGUGACUCCUUCACACCUUGACUGCCACCGUAGUCAUUCCAAAUGCCACCACGACUACGCCUGCGCUCUCUGGCGCAGCUGGCAGAGCUCCGAGUCGAGCGAACCUCUUCCAAAUACACAUACAUCUGCGGCCGAUGCCAAUAUGCAACGGCUGUAGCCACCACUCCAGCACCCUCAGACGCUCAAAUACAAGCCUCGAUACCCUCAUUAACACGUUACCCGCCCGCUAAUCCACCCUCCUUCCGAAAUCCGGCCUAUCGAAAAUCCCAGCUUCUCCGAUCAUAUGUUUCUCUCAUCAAAACGACUCCUCUGAUCGUUUUCUUCCAACACAGCAACCUCAAAUCCACAGAAUGGGUCGGGUUGAGACGCGAGUUGACAUCGGCGCUUCAGAAAGUUGACGCGCAGCUUGCAGCACAAGGGGCGCCGCCGGAGGCGCUAAUUGGUGAAUACAUCAAGCUGCAGGUUAUCAAGACGAACAUCUUCGAGCCCGCGCUGCGAAUUGCCGAGUACUUUAAGCCAGGCGACCUGCCACCGGAGCCCAUGGGAGGCUUGUCAGGGAUAUCGUCAGAAAAGGAGGAUCCCUCAUUAACGCAUGCGCUUUCCGAGGCUGCGUUCAAAGCUGCUAAAGCACAUGAGGGUGAGCAUGCUCUGACGCCGGUGUUGCAGGGUGCAGCUGCGAUUCUGACAUUGCCGGCUGUCUCCCCUGUGCACUUGAAGGCCGCGUUCUCGAUUCUCUCGCCGCAAGCUCCUGCGUUCCCAGCACCAACAAGGCGAGCCGUGCCCACAUAUUAUGAUCCACCGGUGCAGGAUGGCAUCAAGAAGUUGCUCCUGCUAGGAGCCAGGAUCGAUGGACAGAUAUUUGAUAUGGAAGGCACGAGGUGGGUGGGAAGUAUUGAUGGGGGGAUUGAUGGUUUGCGUGCACAGUUGGUGGCUAUACUACAAGGAUUUGGUGCCGGUAUCACUACGACACUGGAGAGCGCAAGCAGGAGUCUGUGGUUCACGUUGGAGAGUCGGAGGAACAUGCUUGAGGAGGACGGUAAGCCCAGCGAGGAGAAGACGGGGUGAAACUGAUGGCAAAAGCGCUGUCUAGUGGCUUCCGCCAUGUGCUGAUGUUACGACUCGCGCCCUUGAAAUCAUAUGCCAAGUGAAAAGCGACCUCAUUGCUCAUGCAACAUCAGAUCUUCAUGGGUUAGAGGCCGUCGACCGCAAGGCUGCUCCCAGAUGUAACAAUACCAACGUAGGUAUGUUUGGAAUUGUAUUCAACAGAAAAUUGGUCCUUCUGUACAUAACAAGAAACAGUCGUUUAUCACCGGCUUAGAAGCGACUGCUCGCACCUAUGCACCCGCUUCAGUCCCAACCAUCCGACCAAAAAGGAAGCGCCGGGCAACCGCACAACCGUC